AUUAUAUAAACAGGAUUAUAUUAUAUAGUAUAGUAUAGCAUUUACCCUGAACUGUACUAUACUCACCAAAAUGAAGAAACAAUGUUUCAAAGAAUCAGAAACAAGUCCAAACCAACAAGUAUCCUUGGAAUAUUGCUGUUGGUUUGAAGAUGCAUGCAUUCUUGACAUGGAUUACUUUGUUAAGACUCUUUCAAACAUCAAACAAAAAGGUGUUCAUGCCGAUUUAAUUGGUUCCGUCAUCACUCACUAUGCUUCCAAAUGGCUCCCUGACUUAGAAACUUCAAAUGCAAAUGCUAGUGCAAAUUCACCUGAAAGUGUAACAACAUCAUGGAUGAAGAAAAGGUUCUUUGUUGAAACUUUAGUCAGUGUUCUUCCACCAGACAAAGAUUCAAUUCCAUGCAACUUCCUCCUUCGUCUUCUAAGAACAGCAAACAUGGUUACUGUCGAUUCUACUUAUCGAACCGAGCUUGAGAACCGAAUUUCAUGGCAGUUAGAUCAAGCUUCAUUGAAAGAACUCAUGAUACCUUCUUUUAGUCAUACUUGUGGGACCCUUUUGGAUGUUGAGCUUAUUAUUAGAUUGGUUAAGAGGUUUUUGAGUUUGGAUCAUGAUGGAUCUAAAAAUGGUGCUGCUUUAGUUAAGGUUGCUAAGUUGGUUGAUUGUUACCUUGCUGAGGUUGGUUUGGAUGCUAAUUUGAGUUUAUCUCAAUUUGCUGCACUUGCUGGUGCUCUUCCUAGUCAUGCAAGAGCUACUGAUGAUGGUUUGUAUAGAGCCAUUGACACUUAUCUUAAGGCACAUCCAAGCGUGUCGAAGCAAGAAAGGAAGGGACUGUGUAGGUUGAUUGAUAGCAGGAAACUCACACCAGAAGCCUCACUUCAUGCAGCUCAAAACGAACGGUUGCCGGUGAGAGCUGUUAUACAGGUUCUCUUCUCUGAACAAACGAAACUCAACCGCCACAUUGAUUGGAGUGCUUCUUUCAGUAGUAUGAGAAGUCCAAGUGGAUAUGGUGGUGUGCUCGACACGCCAGCACGGUGCCUUUCGAAGCGCGAAAUGAACGUGCAGCAAAUGGAGAUAAAGAAACUGAAGGAAGAUGUUUAUAGGCUGCAAAGCCAGUGCAAUGCCAUGCAAGCACAGAUGGAAAAGAUGGCUGAGAAGAAGAAAGGUUUCUUCAAAUGGAAGAAACUUUCUUUUCAUAAAAGCAAUGGAGAGAUGGAGAAUGUUGAACAGCAAGAAGCUGAAACUGAAUUUGGGUUUGGAAGACAAACACCUACGGACAUGAAAACUAGUACUGUGGCCAAAACUAGGACUCCUCAAAAGUGGAGGAAAUCUCUAUCCUGAAAGAGAAGCUUUCACUGUCAAUGUCAAUAACAAAAUAAAAAAUUAAGUUGUUAUAUAAGUUUGUUUAUUGGAGUUAAAAAACUUUGGAAAUAAUGUAGGAUAGAGACCUACUUUGGAAUAAAUUCAAUAAAGAUGUGGCGAUGCCAAAGUUUUGGAUACAAUUUUGACUACAUAAAUCGAAGUUUUAUAUGCAACAUUUAGUAGUUAGUGGUUUGUUUCUUAUGUUCUAUUAAAAAGUUGUUUAGUAACAUAAAAGUUUGUUUUGUAUGUGCUUCAGAGCAGAUCGAAAGCACCCUAAGAGUAUUACAUCAAGACGAGAUUGUUUUUUCUGUACCAAGAUCAUUUCUGCUUGUAAGUUUGAUGAAGGGAAUUAUGAAUAAGGAAAUUAAUAUAG